AUGCAACCUUUGUACCUGAACAAUCUUGCGAGCGAGACGGGGCCACAAGCGGUCCUGUGGAGGGAGCAAGCAAUCCAAGACGGAGUAUAUCUCAAUGCCAUAUUCUAUGGUAUUCAUGCUUGCGUCUUCGGUGCAUGCCUCUACUAUUAUUUCUUUACAAGAGAAACAAGAGAAAAGCAAACGUCUUGGUGGCCGGUGUGCUUCGUCGUGAUCCUGUUCGCGAUGGGCACAAUCAAUCUCGCAUCCAACUUCCGCACUAACGAUGAAUUCUUCAUCUUCUCUGUGAAUACACCAGGCGGUCCGGUCGCAUUCUCUGAGUCGGCAAAAGCAAGGCAUAUUGAUACAUGGGCAAACUCUGCUGCUAUCAUAGCAGCCUUCAUGGCAGAUAGUCUACUCCUUAUCCGCACCUUCGUUGUGUGGGAGCGCAAUGUUUUUGUCAUGGUAGUUCCUUGCCUCAUGUACGUGGCGUCAACAGUCCUUUCCGUAUUAGUCGUCGUGCAGCUCGCUUUGCCGGACGGGAGUCUGUGGACAGGACCUGCUUAUAAAAUUGAUCUCGCAUACUGGGCCACCUCCAUGUCACUCAGCAUGCUUCUCACCCUCCUUCUCGUGUCUCGUCUCUUCUGGCUGCGCCGCAAACUUAUCAAGGCAAUGGGCAAGGAACAUGGCGGAGUGUAUACAAGCAUCGCGGCAAUGCUGGUAGAGUCUGCGCUUCCGUACGGUAUCAUCAGCGCAGUCUAUAUCAUUUUGUAUGGGCUACAAAACCCCGCACAAAGCUUGUUCCUUGGCCCACUAGUGCAAGUAGAGUGUAUUGCACCGGAACUUAUCACGGCCCAUGUUUUCAGAGGCCGCGCAUGGUCUGGGGCCACCAUCGCGAGAAUUGGUCCCCAGUCAACAAUCCAUUUUGCCACAGAACAGCCGACAGCCGAUUCGGAGAACUCGACGGAAAUGCCCGUUUCUGUCCCCACAAGUGCCAUCGUAUUCAAAAGGGGACCAUCUAGCGCCGAUCUGCCUCAUGGCUCUCAUUCUGGUGACCAUGUCUACGUGAUCUCGGGAUAGGCACGACACAUUUAUCUCACAUGUAGGGGUAUCAUGU